AUGGAAGAUAUUGCUAAUUCCUGUCCCGAAGCUCGGCAUGCAUGUUCCUUUCAGACCUUACUAGUCGAUCGAUCUCAGUGCAACGGAAAUGGUGUGGUCAUAAACCAUAGAAGGCCCUUUGACGUAAAGUGUGCUCUCGUGCUUGAAAUUUACCAUGUCGCGGAACACGAUGUGGUUAAAGCUAGAUUUGACUCUAGAGUCGUUAAGCCUUGGCUGGUGAAGAAGCUUUUGGAACGACUCGAGUUCGCUAUCUGCCAGAUUGACUCCGCAACCCCACAACAGACCAUUUCAGACCUGCAUUCUAUGACAUCUCAGGAUCUUGACCAGAUAUGGGAGUGGAACAGCACUGUCCCUUCGGAAGCCGAGAGCUGCAUCACUGAUAUUAUUCGGCAAAGAUCUCUGGAGCAACCCGAUUCCCCUGCUAUACAUGCUUGGGAUGGUGAAAUAUCCUACGGUGAGCUCAACCGCUUGACUAGUAUACUUGCUUAUCUCCUAGUCGAGCGCGGAGUUGGACCGGAGGUCUUUGUGCCUCUGUGUUUCGAAAAGUCGAAAUGGACUACGGUAGCUCUCCUCGGUGUGCUCAAGGCUGGCGGAGCUUUCAUCCUGCUGGACCCGCAGCUUCCAGAGUUUCGUCUUCGGGCGAUCGUCGAUCAGGUCAAGCCUACGCUUGCUUUGUCAUCACCCUCGCAGCUAGAGUUGACCAAGAGAUUGAUCCCAAAAACCAUGGAGGUAGACUCUAGCUUAUUCCUACACAACAAGGAGAUCGACUUCCAUCCGACUAUCGACCUGUCUUCAGCGGCUUACGCAAUCUUUACUUCGGGGAGCACAGGCACUCCAAAGGGUGCUAUUAUUACCAACGGAAAUGUUGCCUCAGUAUCUCAGCAGGCCCUACCUUUGAAUCUUACAAAGGAAUCCAGGGUCUAUGACUUUGUCUCAUAUAGUUUCGGUCUGUCCCUCAUUAACGUGCUCCCCACCUUGGCCGUGGGAGGCUGCGUAUGCGUUCCCAGCGAACAAGACCGAAAGAGCCACCUCGCAUCUAGUCUGACGUCUUUAAAAGCUACUCACGUGUGGCUGACACCUUCAAUCGCUGAGACACUAUCUCCAGAGCAAGUUCCUACUCUGAAGAUGAUGGGUUUUGGCGGUGAGGCUUUAAGAGUGAAAGAUGUCUUGCCAUGGUGGGAGCGUAUCGAGGUUCGCAAUGGUUAUGGCGCCAGCGAAUGUUCGAGUCUAAUUUCUGUCAAAUUCAAUCCUUCAGACCCGGAAAAUGCGUGUCAGAUUGGCCCUGGUGUGGGAAUAACGCCAUGGGUUGUUGACCCAGACGACCAUAACAAACUGGUUCCUGUGGGCUGCGUCGGCGAACUUCUCAUCGAAGGCCCGCACGUUAGCCGUGGCUACUUGGAUGACCCCGAGAAGACUGCCGCUUUCUUUAUCGAGAAUCCGGAGUUUUUGACGCGAGGCUCUUCCAAGAGGCCAGGUCGACGAGCUAGGAUUUACAAGACUGGCGAUCUUGUACAAUAUGAUGAGCAUGGAAACCUCACGUGUCUUGGACGCAAGGAUGUCCAAGUGAAGAUACGGGGGCAGAGAGUCGAGCUUGGUGAAGUCGAGUUCCAGAUAAAGGAAGUCUUUCCAGAAGCAAGGCAGCUGGCGGCAGAAGUGAUUGUGCCCCAAGGAGGCGUGGAGGUUGGAUCUACUCAGGCCACACUGCUGUCUGUACCGCAGGAUGCUGAGAAGGUGCUGCUCGACCGUCUGCCAAGUUAUAUGCAGCGGAUCCAGGCCAUUUGGGCCACGAUCCUCAAUCUAGACCCCCAGAAGAUUGGUUUAGAUGACAACUUUUUCAAGCUGGGUGGCAAUUCUGUUUCUGCCGUGAAGAUCGUUGGAGAAGCUCGCAAGACGGGUAUACAGAUCUUGGUAAAGGACAUAUUUGAUCAUCCCGAAUUAUGUGCCUUGUCUUCCAAAGCGCUCCAGGGAGAGAGUUUGGAGGCAAAGACCGUUGCUCCAUUUGCCUUACUGGAUCAAAAUACGGAUAUCUCUGCCUUGAGGCUUGAUGUCUCAAGCCAGUGCCGUGUGGACACUUCGGACAUCCAAGACAUUUAUCCGUGCUCACCACUUCAAGAGGGGCUUUUUGCACUCGCUGUUACGCGUCCGGGCGAUUAUGUCAUGCAGCUUGCCGUAGACCUAUCUCAUGAUGUUGAUGUUAAUCGCUUCCGUGAAGCCUGGCUCGAGGUAGUCCGCAAUACCGCAGUACUGCGAAGCAGGGCUAUUCAACAGGAUGGCCUAGGUCUCUUGCAAGUAGUGUUGAACGAGGGUAUUGAAUGGACAGUAACAUCUGACCUUAGCCGCUAUCUCCAAGCUGAUCGUAAAAGGGUCAUGCAAUUGGGCGAACCACUCACCCGAUAUGCAAUCAUACAAAAUGACGCUGGCGUAUCUCAAUCUUUUGUGUGGACAGUCCAUCACGCCAUCUAUGACGGAUGGAUGAUUCCCCUGAUAGUAGACCUUGUGAACAGAGCCUAUCACGGAGGUGAGCCGGAGCAAGGACCUCAGUUCCAGACCUUUAUCCACUAUGUACAGAGUCGAGACCGAGCAGAGAUGGAGGCCUACUGGAAACAAGCCCUUGAAGGAUCCGUCUCUACUCCAUUCCCAGCGCUGCCUCCCUCUGCUGAUGAACCUUCCCCUAAUGGUGUUGUCGAACAGCAGAUUUCAUCGGGCACAAUUCACUCCGAGUUUACAGAAUCUACCAUUCUUCGCGCAGCCUGGGCUCUAGUGGCAGGUCGUAUGACAAACUCGGAUGAUGUAGUUUUUGGUGUUACCGUAUCUGGCAGAAGCACACCAGUACCCGGGAUUGAUAGAAUGACCGGGCCAGCCAUCGCCACGGUUCCACUACGGACAAGAUUCUCCGGUACUCAGACAGCGUUGGACUAUCUGAAGAAUGUUCAGCAGCAGGCUACAGAUAUGAUUCCAUACGAGCAGAUGGGAUUGCAGCAUAUUGCAAAGCUAAGCCCGGAAGCCCGUCAGGCAACCAAGUUCCAAACACUUCUUCUCGUCCAGCCACAGGAAAAUACUACUAUUCGUAAUGAGAUAGGCGAGUGGCGGUUUGGUGAUGACCAGGAGCAAUGGUUCAACACAUAUGCCCUCACACUUGAAGUGUACCUCGACCAGAAUGACCCAGGCAAAAAGAUUGUCAAGGCCUUCUUCAAUUCUACAGCUAUUGAGUCUGAGGUGGUGCAAAGACUGCUGGGUCGACUAGAGCAUGUAAUCCACCAGCUUGAACGCGCGCGUCUGGGUCAGCUCCUUGACGAGAUUGAGGUGCUAACACCCACGGACUUGGAGGAGAUAUGGGGCUGGAACCAUAACCUCCCUCUACCGAUUGAAUGUUGCGCGCAUACCAUGGUUGAGAAACGUGCUCGUCUUCAGCCAUCAGCCCCUGCUAUCUGCGCCUGGGACGGCGAACUGACAUAUGACAUGUUGAACCAGCUUUCGGAGCGCCUAGCUGUCCACUUACAUGUUGACCUCGGCAUUGGACCGGGAGCGCUAGUUCCAUUAUGCUUUGAAAAGUCGAUGUGGAUGGCGGUGACCAUGCUUGCAGUCCUUAAGGCCGGCGGCGCCGAGUGCACUCCGACUACCAUAUUUAACGUAGACAUUCCUCGGAUUGAGAAUGCAACCCAAAUUGGGGGUAGCUUGACCUUUGUUGGUCGCAAGGACAGUCAAGUCAAAAUUCGUGGGCAGAGAGUGGAGUUGAGUGAAGUAGAACACUGGGUUCGCACUUGCAAAGCUGGCGGUGCGAAGCAGGUUGUAGCCGAAGUUCUUGUUCCAGAGCGAUCAAAUUCUGGUCCCAUCAUAGCAGCCUUCUGCCAGAUCGACGGUAACGAUGAUACGAGGUCUGAGUCGCAUUUUGGAGCUACGCUACUUUCUAUAUCUAAGGAUGUGGGUGACAAAUUAGCUUCAUCUCUACCCAGCUACAUGAUCCCGAGUAUUUUCUUCUCGAUACCUGAGCUUCCCAUGACCCCCACUGGCAAGCUGGACCGAAAGCGUUUACGUCUCAUUGGCGAGUCAUUUUCAUUUCAGGAAAUUACUAAAUGGAACACAGCGGAGAGCGGUCCGAAGAGGCAGCCAACGUCUGAAUUGGAAUCUCACAUGCAAAGAAUAUGGGCUCAGGUGCUUAGCGUCGACGUCGAGACUAUUGGGCUAGACGACAGCUUCUUCCAGCUCGGAGGUGACUCACUCGCUGCCAUGAGGGUCGCAGCACAGGCUAGAAAGAUUGGUAUUGAGCUUGCGGCAGCCGAUAUUUUUGAGCAUCGCCAGUUGAGCCUUGUUGCCGGUAAAUGCAACUUUUCGGCUGAGGUUGUGCCAAAGGGGAUACCCAAAACACAAUGCGUUGGUCCUGUCCCGCAAUCGUUCGCCCAAGAGCGUUUGUAUUUCCUAGAACAGCUACAUCCCAACCUCACGUGGUACCACAUGCUGUAUUCGAUAAGACUACAGGGGAACUUGCGGAUUGAUGCCCUUGGUACCGCGCUUUUGGCUCUGGAACGCCGUCAUGAGACACUCCGAACAACCUUUAGCUCAGCGAACGGCAUCAACCUACAAUCCGUUAAGCCGUUCGAGCAGCAUAACUUUGAAGUAAUUGAUGUGUCACCAAACAAAGAAGAUGAAUUCCGGGAGAGGCUGAAAAAGCGCCAGAUGACACCUUUCAAACUUGAGACAGAGCCCGGCUGGAGAGUCUGCAUCUUUAAGCUAAGUCCAAAUCAACAUGUUCUUUCUAUCGUUAUGCAUCAUAUUAUUGCUGAUGGCUGGUCCAUUGAUAUUCUUCGUACUGAGAUAGCGGCUUUCUACGCGGCAGCUCUUCACGGAAAGGAUCCGCUCUCCCAAGUAGAUCCUCUCCCGAUUCAAUAUCGAGAUUAUUCAGUAUGGCAACGCGAAGAUAGCCAACAGGUUAGCCAACACCAGAGACAGCUUGAUUACUGGGUCACGCAGCUGCAAACAAGCAGACCGGCAGAAAUGCUGUAUGACAAGCCUAGGCCAGACACUCUAUCUGGAGAGGCUGGCGUUGAACAUAUCAGGAUAGAAGGCUCGCUAUAUUCCGCCCUUACAAGGUUCUGUAGCGAACGUCACGUCACACCAUUCAUAUCCCUCCUGGCCGCGUUCCGGGCUACCCAUUUCCGCCUUACUGAUCAAAGAGAUGUGACAAUUGGUUGUCCAAACGCUAACCGUGACCGCUGGGAGCAACGUGAUGUGUUAGGGUUCUUCGUCAAUAUGCAAUGCUUCCGCAUCAAGAUCCAAGACCACUCUUUUGAAGACCUGGUCAGUCAAGUUCAGCAAGUGGCCACGGCCUCCAUGGCGAACCAGGAUGUUCCUUUCGAAAACGUCGUAGCCAAGCUUGGCAAGGAUAGGGAGCUAUCCCGGAACCCUUUGGUACAGAUGAUAUUCGUUGUUCACUCUCAAUUGAAUUUGAACCGGUUUACUUUGGAAGGGCUGGAGGCCGAGACGAUACCAGCUCCACCCGCAUCUCGCUUUGAUCUUGAGUUCCAUCUUUACCAAGAAGACGAAGCAUUCAGUGGAGGCAUUGUCUAUUCAACAGACCUUUACAACGCCGAGACUAUCAGUAAUUUGCUAUCAAUCUUCAAGCAUAUGCUUGAAGAGUGCCUUUCUGACCCUGACAUGGCAAUUCACUCAAUACCGCUUUUGACGAAGGCUGACCGCAUAGCACUGGAUGAUCGAGACCUCGUCAAGAUCCACCAAACUGAGUAUCCUAGGGACUCCGAUGUUGUCAGCGUCUUCCGUCGACAAGCUCUUGCUAAUCCCGGGCGCGUUGCUGUAAAAGAUCCUGAGCUCAAACUGACGUACGCUCAGCUAGAUCAAAAAUCAGAUCUUCUUGCACAAUGGCUCUCGCAAAGGUCGCUUGCUGAGGAAAGCCUCGUUGGUGUAUUUGCCAGUCGAUCUUGCCACACGAUCAUCGCCAUCCUGGGUAUUCUUAAGGCUAGGCUGGCGUAUUUGCCAUUCGACAUCAAGAUUCCGCCAGGUCGGAUGCAAGCCAUUCUAGAAUCAGUGCCCAGCUGCAAGCUAGUACUCUGUGGUGUAGAUGUGCCCGCUAUCGAUGGCAUCAAUAAUGUUGAGUUGAUUCCCAUCACAGAAGCGCUAGCGCCGCAUCAUCAAUCUCACGAGAUCAUCGCCCAACACCCAUCACCAUCCAGUCUCGCCUAUGUUAUGUUCACAUCGGGGUCGACUGGCCAGCCAAAGGGUGUAAUGAUAGAACACCGUAGCAUAUUACGGUUGGCGAAAGAAAAUUCACUAGUUGCUCAGGUUCCAGAGCAUGGGAUUAUAGGCCAUAUAUCAAAUAUCGCUUUCGAUGCUUCGACAUGGGAGAUAUACACAACCCUACUCAAUGGUAGCACUCUGAUUUGCAUCAAUACUGAUACACUCUUGGACUACACGGCUGUAUCAAGGGUAUUCUCACAGGAGGCAAUUCAGGCAAUAUUUAUCACACCUGCUCUACUGAAGCAGUACCUCUCCCAAUGUCCACACAUUGUUCGAAGACUUCGUGUACUUAUGGUAGGAGGGGACCGUCUCGAUCCUGAUGAUAUCCACACAGCACAAAAUUAUAUGAAGAACGGCAAAAUUAUUAAUGGCUAUGGACCGACGGAGAACACGACCUUUAGCACGACCUAUUGUAUUCACGAUGGAGAAAGCUUCACCAACGGCGUUCCUAUCGGCCAAGCGUUUGACAACUCGGGAGCAUACGUCAUGGAUCAUCUACAGCGUCUAGUGCCUAUGGGGGUCAUCGGCGAGCUAGUUGUGACGGGAGAUGGCCUAGCCCGCGGAUACACUGACCCUCAGCGGAACGCAGAUCGGUUCAUUACUAUUACAGUUGAUGGAAAGAGUGUUCGGGCCUAUCGAACUGGAGACUAUGUACGCCACCGUCUGAGCGAUGGCAAACUCGAGUUCUAUGGACGAAUUGAUGGUCAGACCAAGAUUCGUGGUCAGCGUAUUGAAGUGGGAGAAAUUGAACACUGCUUACGCCGGCAUACCUCUGUCCACGACGCAGUGGCUGUUAUACAAGAGAAUCCUGGGCACGAAACGCAUAUUGCGAGCUUCGUUACGGUUCGCGUGGAUGAAGGAGGCAGCGGCGAUAAGAUUGUGGAGAGUACUGGGGAUAUCGUCGAGUCUAAGCAUGUUGGGGUAUGGGAGGACCGUUUCAACGACGAAACUUAUGCUCCCAUGAAUGACAUACAAAGCGAAUCUCUCGGGAGAGAUUUCGUGGGCUGGACCUCCAUGUAUGAUGGAACUGAAAUCGACAAAGGCGAGAUGAACGAAUGGCUAGACGAAACUAUGGACGCCUUGCUCAACGGCCGGGCACCUAGCGAUGUGCUUGAAAUCGGAACAGGCUCUGGCAUGAUCCUCUUUAACCUAGGUAAAGGGCUUCGGAGCUAUGUUGGACUAGAUCCAUCUCAGCGGGCUGUCGACUUUGUUGCCAACGCUUCUCGGUCCAUACCUGGAUUGGCAGGGAAGGUUCGCAUGUUUAAGGCCACCGCUGCAGAACUUCGCCAGCUCAAAGGGCCUAUAUCCCCUAACCUAGUCGUUAUCAACUCAGUCGCGCAAUAUUUCCCAAGCCAGGAAUAUCUCUUCAAAGUGGUAGAAGAUGUCUUGCGACUAGGUAGCGUCGAGACUAUCUUCUUUGGAGAUAUGCGGUCGCACGCUUUAUAUAAAGAAUUCUUAGCUAGUAGAGCCUUGUUCAUGCUCGGACAUGAUGCUCACGCAGAUGAUGUUAAGCGGAUGAUGGCCAAGAUGGAAGAGAUCGAACUGGAGUUCCUCGUGGAGCCUGCAUUCUUCACAGCCAUGAAAGAACGACUGCCAGAAUUAAUCGAGCACGUGGAGAUUCUUCCCAAGAGAAUGAAAGCGACCAACGAACUCAGCUGCUAUAGAUAUGCUGCAGUGAUCCAUGCCAAGCCUCGGGGGAAGCAUACUAGCCAGCUCAUCCACAAGAUUCCUAACGAUAAUUGGAGGGACUUUAUGGCUAUGAAUCUAGACCAGACGUCAUUGACCGAGCUCUUAAAACGUCAGCCAUGCCAAGAGAUCGUUGCUGUCGGCAACAUCCCUUAUAGCAAAACCGUAUUUGAAAGAUACCUUGUCGAUUCGGUCAGCGGUGACAAGAAAUCAAAAGUUGAUGGCGCAGACUGGCUACAGGAUCCUGAAAAUUGGAAGCGUGUCAUGUUCCGAUUCCCCACGGAUCACACCGGUCGGCGAUUGCAGGCAAUGAGCAGCAAGCCUCUUAAGCAACAGAUGUCCGAGACUAUACAACGAGAACUCCGGGACUUGCUACAAGCUCAUUUGCCAUCGUACAUGGUUCCCCGACUAAUAACUAUCCUAGAUGAAAUGCCAAUCAACGAGAAUGGUAAAGUAGAUCGCAAGGCGCUCUCAAACAGACGACAAAUGGAUACAUUCCGGGGCCCUGUGCGACAGCCUACCACGGAGUCGGAACGUCAAAUCCGGGCUAUUUGGGCCGAGGUCCUGAACGUUGACCUGGCUUCCAUUGGAGUAGAUGACAGUUUCUUCCAACUUGGAGGUAACUCUAUCGCUGCAAUGAAGGUCGUUGUCGAGGCGCGCGAGGUAGGCCUGCAAAUGGUUGUAGCAGACAUCUUCCGCUACCCCCGGCUCUGCCAACUAGCAGAGCGAGCCGCGGCAUUAGAAGAUGCUGAUGGUUCACUUGCAUAUAUGCCUCAAGUUAAAAAGGACGGGCUCGUUGAGCAAUCCUUUUCUCAACAACAACUGUGGUUCCUGGAGCAGUUGUAUCCCGGUUUGACCUGGUAUCUCAUGCCCCGCGCACUGCGUAUACGGGGACCUCUUCGACUUGAUUCGCUCAAAGCAGCUCUUUUCGCCAUUGAGACUCGCCACGAGACCCUCCGGACGACCUUUGCAACAACCGAUGAUAAUGUCAGUAUUCAAGAGGUACAUCCUAUGAAGUCGAAAGAUCUAAGGAUAGUAGAUAUUCAACCAGGAGAAGAGGGGAGCCUCGAGAAGGUAUUAGAGACUGAUCAUAAUACACCAUUCGAUCUGACUAAAGAGCCCGGAUGGAGAGUGACUGUAUUCCGACUAAGUCGAGAGGAGCAUAUCCUAUCAGUCGUCAUGCAUCACAUCAUAUCUGAUGGCUGGUCCGUUGAUGUGCUGUGCAAAGAACUGGCAGCUUGCUACUCCGCCUCGGUGCGCGGUCAUGAUCCCCUUUCUCAGUUGAAUCCUCUACCGAUUCAAUACAAGGACUACUCCGUCUGGCAAAGGCGUCGGCAGCAAGAGAAUAAAGGUAAACAACUCGAGUAUUGGGUUAAGCAACUAGAGACAAGUCGACCAGCUGAGCUUCUCUGUGACAAGAUCCGACCCGCAAGCUUGUCGGGACGUGCAAGUACGGAAAGAUUCAAGAUUGAAGGGCGACUUUAUGACAGGCUACAAAGCCUUUGCGCCCAGUACGAUGCCACGCCAUAUAUCAUCCUUCUUACGGUGUUCAGAUUGACACACUAUUAUCUAACCGGUCAAAUUGAUGCUACUAUUGGCACACCGUUUGCCAAUCGAGAUCAAUAUGAAGUCAAGGACCUCAUUGGCUUUUUUGUCAACAUGCAGUGCUUCCGCAUUGUGAUUGAAGACGACGAUACGUUUGAAGGCUUGAUCCGCCAGGUCCGGUCGGUAGUGACAGGAGGCCUCGAAAACAAAGAUGUCCCCUUCAUGAGCAUCAUAUCUGAGCUUCAGAAGCCUCGAGACUUAUCGCGACACCCGCUGGUCCAGUUACUCUUCGCAGUCCAUUCGCAGCUCGACCUCGGGAUACUUGAACUAGAAGGAGUCGACAUCGAAAUUCUAGAAGGCGAGACUACUUCGAUGUGCGACAUCGAGUUUCACAUUUACCAGGAGCAACAUGGCCUUCGAGGCGAAGUCGUAUACUCGACGGAUCUGUUCGUUCGCGAAUCAAUUUCCAACAUGAUCUCCGUCUUUCAGAAUAUUCUCGAGCAAGGCCUUAGAAACCCAGAAACUCCCCUCACAGCCAUGCCGUAUCUGACCGGCGAAGAUUAUAGCAAGCUUGAGGAGAUGGGCCUAGUCGAACCGCGCCAUACCACCUAUCCCCGGGAAUCUAGCAUAACGGAUAUUUUCAAGAGCCAGGUCGCCGAAUGCUCUUCCAAGGUGGCGGUCCGAGACUCUACAGCAGAAUUAACGUAUUCACAACUGGACACGCUUUCCGACAAGCUGGCUGCAUGGCUGUCUACGCAUUCACUUGAGUCCGAGUCAUUGGUUGGCGUGUUUGCAAGUCGGAGCUGUCAAACGAUCGUUGCCUUCUUAGGCAUCCUAAAAGCCGGGCUUGCCUACGUGCCCUUCGACGUCAAUACACCCAAGGGGCGUGUAGAAUCUAUCCUUUCGUCGAUACCCGGACACACCAUUGUUCUCGUAGGCGAGAACACUCGGCCUCCAUCAAUUCAGCUCCAGAAUGUCAAAUUUGCGGCAAUUACUGACGUUCUUAAUGGGCACCUACAAAGUAAUAAUAACACAUCUACAAAGUCCAAACCUCGGCGUCACGCACCUUCAGCUACGAGUCUCGCCUAUGUAAUGUUUACAUCAGGCUCGACAGGUAAACCGAAAGGCGUCAUGGUACCCCAUCGAGGUAUAGUCCGGCUGGUCAAGCAAAGCAAUAUGGCCAAGUACCUACCUCCCACAGGCCCGAACAUGGCGCACUUGACGAAUACUGCGUUCGACGUCUCGUCUUGGGAGAUCUAUGGCGCUCUUCUUAAUGGAGGGACCAUUGUUUGCAUUGAUCAUAUGACGCUGCUGGAGCAAGAGCGCUUGAGUGAUCUCUUUACCUCUAACGGAAUUCAGAGCGCCAUAUUUACCCCCGCUCUUCUCAAGCAGACACUGCUUCAAUCGCCCUCUGCCAUAAGCAUCUUAGACUCGCUCUUUGUUGCAGGCGAGCGAGCCGAUGGAGAGGACCUGUACACAGCGCAAAAGCUUAUGCGACAGAACUCUUCAGGAGCUAAGGUCAUUAACGCAUACGGGCCUACGGAAAACUCUGUGAUCAGUACUUUGUAUUGCCUGGCUGAGGAUGAGGCUUUUCCCAACGGAGUGCCCAUCGGAGUGUCAAUUAGCAACUCGGGGGCUUACGUACUAGACUCACAACAGCGUCUCGUACCUUUGGGUGUAGUUGGAGAGCUUGUUGUGACCGGCGAUGGUCUAGCAAGAGGUUAUACCGAUCCUGAACGCAAUGUCGACCGGUUCGUUAAAAUUACCAUCAACGGGAUAGAGAUGGAGGCAUAUCGCACCGGUGAUUAUGUUCGAGCAAGGCCGACCGACGGCUUGCUAGAAUACUUUGGGCGGAUUGAUGGUCAGGUCAAAAUUAGAGGAUACCGCGUUGAGCUAGGCGAGAUUGAGCAUACUCUACGUGAUCACGACUUGGUAAAUGAGGCGGUCGUGGUGCUGCAACAAGGCGCUGAUGGCGAGAUUCGUCUCGUUGGCUUCAUCACAGUGUCUCCCAAAGCGACCAAAGGACUCGACGAAAACCCGGGAACGAACGUUGAGCAAAACAUUGAAGAGAAGCUCUCCAGUAGGCUACGAGCAAACCUACCCCCAUAUAUGGUACCGCAAUCAAUAACCGUCUUGGAGAGACUACCCAUCAAUGACAACGGAAAAGUCGACCGCCAGGCAUUAAUGGACACGUCCGUAAUCCCAUCAGGAAAAGGAAAGAUAGAUUUACGAUCACCAAUUUCAGAAAUAGAGAAGCACUUGCAGGGGAUCUGGGCGCGGGUGCUCCAAAGAGAUGAAAAGGCAAUUGGACUUGACGAUAGCUUCUUUCAACUCGGAGGUAACUCGAUCACUGCCAUGAAAGUCGUCGCCGAGGCACGCAAAAUCGGCAUCCGACUGGCGGUAGCAGACAUCUUUCUCCACGAGACGUUGGAAGAUCUGGCCACAUGCAAACAAGACGCAGAUAAUAAUACAACUACUACUAAAGAGUCCGUGCCCGGCAAUCUUAUCGACAGCAGAGUCAAAGUUGAACUACUAGAAGAAGCCGAAACAGUCGAGAGUGGUCUGCAUGCCCGGAACAUCGCAGAUGUCCUGCCCCUGACCAGCUUCCAGGAGAAAUGUGUCGUCGAAGGAAUAAGCAGCGGCCAGUUCUGCAACUACUUCUACCUUGAUCUCGGAGACCAUCUAGAUAUCGACCGUUUUGAGAGGAGCUGCCAGACGGCCAUCGAGAAGCUUCCUAUCCUCCGUGCGUGCUUCUUAAAUCUCAUGGGGUCGUUUUGGAGAGUCACCCUUCGUACACUGGAUCGACCUCUGCGCGUCGUCGAGAUCGAAGAAGAUCUGGAGGCGUCAUUUACGAGUUUCUGUCUACAGGACAUUCCGUCAUGUUCGCACACGCAGCCGGCUCUCGCUCUCGUUCUCCUCCGUCACAAAUCUCAGGGCCUUCGGCUCGUCAUUCGCAUGUCCCACGGCCAAUACGACGGUCUUUGUGUACCCUUGAUCGUCGAGGCGCUUUUCGCCCAAUACCAGAACAAGCCGAUCGCAGAGGGCCCAAGCUUCUCGAAGUUUCUGUCGUACUCGUCAGCCAGACGCCAACAGUCAUCCCAGUACUGGAAGAAAUUAUUGGAAGGAUCGGAUCUCACAACCCUCAAUCACGUCCAGCCUAACCUUCUAGCGCCGUGUCUUCGAGAUGCCCGACCCAGAGGCAUCCAAGUUUCAGCAGACACAAAGCCAUUGCAGCUGUCUGGAAAGACUACCUACUCAAGCAUCGCCAGUGCGGCGUGGGCUUUGCUUCUCUCUUGUAUAACAGGCAACAAGGAUGUGGUCUACGGCCACUUGAUUUCCGGUCGCAACUCUACCAUUGAUAGCAUAGAGCAGAUGAUAGGCACAUUUGUCAACAUCAUCCCCGUCCGCGUCAAGCUACCUACAGCAUCGACUUCAAAAGACCUGCUCCGUUACGUUCAAGAUCAAUUCAUCGGGCUCGGAGAAGCAGACUCUCUCGGCUUCAAAGAUAUCAUGAGGAACUGCACCAACUGGAAAGACAGCAAGGACUUUGAUUUCGUGAUUCAGCACCAAAACGUGGAUGAGAAUCCAAGCUUCCAAGUCGCCGGAGUUGAGACGGAGCUGCAAUACUUCUUAAACCCUAAUCGGCUGCCGCCUUGGAAGGUGUUCAUGGUGUCCUAUCCACAGGGCGGCAAGCUUCAUGUCAAGCUAUUUACCGAUGACCACAUUAUGAACCGCGAAACGGCCCAGAUUCUGGUUGACAAGGUCGUGAUGAUUAUAGAGAAGCUGGCUGCAGAUGCGAAUAUGCGUCUAGGCUCUUACAUGACUGAGAUCCAGUCUGGCCUCCGUGCUUAG